GGAAUGAGGAAAAACGAGCGGUUGACUCAGAAGCGUAUUGGCAUAUUCUUUAAAAAGUUGGCGACAAGAACAGAGAGCCACAUUAUUUCUUUUUCGUUCUGCAUAUACCAUUAAUUCGAUUUCGUUCUUUGUCCAUGGUAUCCGCAUAAGGCUUUUUUGGGUUAUGCAAAUACCCAUGUAUUUAAUGCCUGUUUCCAAUAAGUACCCACGAAAACCUUUGGAAGCAUCGACUUUCUAAUAGCCGUUUCGAGUUCAAAACUUUUUGGGAAUAAAUUCAAUAAUACUGCUGAAGUAUAACACUAAAUUCCAAUUUUUUUCAGAUAACUGCAUUAUUCUCAGUAUCUUCUGCUGCAAAUUUUGUACAGGCAUCUCUUCUCAGAAGUUUCUCCUAAUUAGAUGGCAGAAGCGGCUCUGAUCAAUCCCAACCUCUGUUCUGGCCAAAAGAAAUUGCCAGCUCUGCGGUCUAAUAAGCCUCAUGUAUCUACUGCAAGGAUGCCACGUGUUGUAAGGCUAAAGCUAUGGAGGGGAUCUGGUGGGAGAAGAAAGGGGUGUAUUGGUGGGAAAGACAGAGUUCAUGUGGCAGCCUCGUCGACAGGGGAGAGUACUGUUGACAGCGGUGAUUUUGACGUAGAGCAGUUUGAGAGGGAUUUUGAGGAGAGAUUUCAGCUUCCACAUCUUACCGAUCUGUUUGAUUAUAAGCCGAUACAGACCACAUUUUGCAUCAAAAGCAGUUGCCCUCUACCUGAAGAUGACAGAGUUCAUCCACCGGGAGACCUGGGAAAAAUGUUUGUUCAUAAUGAUGAUCGCGUAUUACUGAAGGUUAUCAACUAUGCAACACCAUCAUCUGCUGGUGCAGAGUGUGUUGACCCUGAUUGCAAAUUUGUCCACCAAUGGGUACAUCGUGCGGGGCCAAGGACAGAGAUAUAUUUUCAUCCUGAUGAUGUAAAAGCGGCAAUUGUUACAUGUGGAGGACUCUGCCCUGGUCUGAAUGAUGUGAUUAGACAGAUAGUUAUAACACUUGAAAUAUAUGGUGUCAAGAACAUUGUUGGCAUUUCUUAUGGAUAUCGUGGACUGUUUGAUGAAAACCUCCCUGAAAUACCUUUAUCAAGAAAAGUUGUCCAAAAUAUCCAUUUAUCUGGAGGUAGCCUUCUGGGGGUCUCUCGUGGAGGUGGAAACGUAACAGAGAUUGUUGAUAGCAUACAGAAAAGGGGGAUUAACAUGCUUUUUGUAUUAGGUGGAAAUGGAACCCAUGCUGGGGCGAAUGCCAUUCACAAUGAGUGUCGCAAGAGGAGCAUGAAAGUGGUUGUGGUAGGAGUUCCCAAGACAAUCGAUAAUGAUAUCUUGCUAAUGGAUAAAACAUUUGGCUUUGAUACUGCUGUUGAAGAAGCACAGCGUGCUAUCAAUGCUGCAUAUAUUGAGGCACACAGUGCAUACCAUGGUGUAGGAAUAGUUAAACUUAUGGGAAGGAGUAGUGGCUUCAUUGCCAUGCAUGCAUCACUUGCUAGUGGACAGAUAGAUAUCUGUCUAAUUCCUGAGAUUCCUUUCAUUUUAGAUGGGCCAGAUGGUGUUUUACAGCAUCUUCAUAAUCUCCUGUCAUCAAAAGGAUCAGCUGUGAUUUGUGUAGCUGAAGGUGCUGGACAAGAUUUGUUUAAGAAAAACAAUGCUACUGAUGCAUCAGGAAAUCCUGUGCUCGCAGACAUAGGUGUACAUCUUCAACAACAGAUCAAGAAGCACUUUAAGAGCAUUGGAAUGCCAGCAGAUGUAAAAUACAUUGAUCCAACAUAUAUGAUACGUGCAAUCCGUGCAAAUGCAGCUGAUGGAAUUUUAUGUACAGUACUUGGCCAAAAUGCGGUUCAUGGUGCAUUCGCUGGAUUUAGUGGAAUUACUGUAGGCAUAUGCAAUACACACUAUGUGUACCUUCCCAUUCCUGAAGUCAUUCAAUAUGCAAGAGCAGUAGAUCCAAACAGCCGCAUGUGGCAUCGUUGUUUAACUUCAACUGGACAGCCUGAUUUCCAUUGAUUCUAAACAGCGGCAUAGGGCAGUGUUGUUUAACAUCUAGUGAACAACCUGAUUUCCAUUCAUUCAAGCAACUAGAGAAUUUUGCACGAGUUAGUGUACUGCUGGAAAGUUUAGCUUCCAGUGAGGCUGCUAUUAAAUGUCUAAGUUCUUUUUGUUUUCUAAUAUUUUACGAAUAUUGUCAACUAUAAAAAUCUAUGAACAUCAAGGCAUUAAUAUGUUCUGUAUUCUGAACAUCAUUCUGCAACUACUUUAAUGUGAAAAUAUUAUAAUGCCUAUCUUUUCA